AUGGGCAAAAUCAUCAUUUAUGAGCAUGUCAACUUCCAGGGUUUGUCCAAAGAAUUCACCACUGACACUCCCAACCUAAUAGCUGUGGGUUGGAAUGAUAUUGUCUCCUCGGUGAAAGUAAUUGGCCAGCCUUGGGUGGCUUAUGAGCACGUUGAGUACAAGGGUCAGUUUCUGGUGUUUGAGGAGGGAGAAUAUGACUCUGUUGGUAAAGAGAUGAAUGACAGGAUCAGCUCUCUGCAGGUGAUCACGGAAGACCUGCACAAUCCCCAGAUCACUCUCUAUGAACACGUUGAAUAUAAAGGGAGGAGCAGAACAGUAAGAGAAGCAACCGACCUGGCUGGGGGAGAAGACGAUGACAUUGUGUCUUCUCACAAAGUCCAGAGAGGUGUCUGGCUGCUGUGUGAAAACAGCGAUGGAAGUGGGCCUCGGCACCUUGCCCGAGAUCAUGAGGACGUUCCCAAUUACAAGGAAAUCGACUUCAAUGACAAGCUUUCCUUCCUGCGUCCCCUUCGCCCUGGCCGUGACUCUUAGACUGCCGAGCAUGUGACCCUGAGGGAAG